AUGUCGCAAAGCCCAAAGAAAAAGGAUGAAGCCGCGGCCUUAAUUGCGUCCAUGUUUCGUGGAAAUGAGGCGUUGGUAGUUCGAGUUCAGACGGCCAUUAACAAGCAGGAAAGCAUCACUCGUGUUAUCGAAUCGGUUAUUGGACAGGGCGGUCUAAGCCUAGGACAUAUCAAAUCCCUUCAAUGGAUGAGAGAGAUAUUCAACGCGGCGCAAGAGGACCAGUCACUGGCAUGUUACUUGCUGCAACAAUUCCCAGCUCCAGGCAGCCUCAGCAAAGUCGCAAUUGAGAGUUACUGUAAGAAAGACCUACCAUACAACAAUAGGGAUACUCUCGUGCGAUUCAUAUCUCAUCUUAUGCUGAGGGAGCCAGUGGCUGUACUCCUUGCUUCUGUAAAGGCAGAUGAAAUCCAGUUCGAAAGGCCAUGGAAAAACAUCAUUGCUUUUGCCCUAGAAUGGGCCAUGGAAAAUGACGUGCCGAUCGGCUCUGAUACCUUUCGGAAGAAAAUCAGUUCCGAGGGAUCCUUCGACUCUAUUGAAGGAAGCCGUAAGAUCAAUCGUGAGACAAUACUUGGCAGAAUCAUGGCACUACAACGACUACAGUAUCUGGUUACAGAGCCACAACACAUAAAACACCUCAUAGACCUCAAAUUUGAGUCUGCGCAGGAUAUCGCUUCCAGCAGCAGAAAGGAGUUUAUCCAGAGCAUGAAGAAGCGUCUCGAUGAGGAGUCUGCACUCAGGAUCCACGACCAUGCGGUUGUAGUCGCUUGCAGGAGUCAAGAAACCUGGGUUAACCUGCUUACCAUGAUUAACGAAGACUUCAUGGCCACCGAAAAAGCUAUCGCAGAUGUCGGGAAACCAGAGAUCAUCCGGCCGACGCCGCCUGACGAAGAUGCUACCAAGCCCUAUGAGGGAGGUAGUAAGAAGGACUUCAACAUGACGAGCAUCUUUGAUCUACAAGAUACUCCAUGCGAAGAGUGCUGCUCUGUUGUUAGCGCCUCGGCAUAUUUUGUUGACCUGCUCAAGUUUUUGGAACACAGCCGCUGUUCAAAGACUGUCAAAGGCGCUGACAAUGUGUUAAAGGCUUUGGCUCUUCGACGUCCUGAUUUGCAAAGGCUGCAGUUGUCGUGCGCAAAUAGCAAGGAUAUGGUGCCCUAUAUUACUAUCGUCAACGAAAUCUUGGCAUCCUAUAUCGCCAGUGAGGGAGGAUUCAUCAGUGCCGUUGAUGAAGACUAUCCCUCAACAUCUCAAGGUCAGGUCAGCGAGGAAGAGAAGCAAGUAGCCGCUACAUGCGAUAGCAAAAUUGCGAAGGCUAUGUUUCCUUUGAACCGAUUUCCAUAUAGCCUAGGCGAAGACUCGGUCAGAGUCUAUCUGUCUUCAAUGGGAAUCGAGCCUUCAGAUGUACGGGCAAAUUUCAAGUCAACCACCUUCAUGCUGAGACAACUUGUCAACUUCAUUCCAAGCGACUUAGCAUCACGGGAGGCGCUGGAAAAAGAGGCAGAAGCCGUGUGGCAUCGAUUCGACGUCGCCGAGACCCUGCAUAUGUUGCCCCGUGACUUUGCUGCUGUUUGUAAAGAGACCAUUUUUACAGACACCUUCCUAGAUCUCCUGGUAGGCCUUUGCCCAGAAGACUCGGCACGGCAGGCACAGCUACGAGAUAGUUCAAUUCCCACGGUCUACGAAUGCUGGGGCUACGACGAUGUUGACGCUAUGCUUGACACUUCCGAGCAAACUCUUUCGGGGCUGUGUUUCAUACGGGAUCAGCUUCUCCCACGCUCAGGACUGUCACUCCAGGAGCUCUUGGAGCUUUUGAACACCACCUUUUUUGGUAGAAGACUAGUCAUCGUCAAUAGCAGAGGCUCCAAAGUAUUUGAUGGACAGCUGUCGGAAAUGCGACUUCGACUUCUUGACAAUACAUCGGGUUCCGGGAAGGGAGAUUCUUCUAAAGCCUCCCCUAUUAUUGGCAACCUGACACAAGAGAUAUGUCAUGAAUUGCAAGGUUUCAUCCGCCUGAGAAAUAAGCUAGGGUGGACUAUUGCCGACCUAGAUGUUGUGAUCUCGACGAUUACUCAGAACCACAUUGCCAACAGUACUAUUUCAUCAGUCGAAGGGUUCAGAGGUAUCACGCUAUCGGUUCUUGAAGACAUUGCUCAAAUCGCCAAGUUGAGUAAGUUAACGCAAGUAUCUGUAGCGUCACUUCUUCCAAUUUGGGCUCCGAUUAGCACCCAUGGCGACAACUCCUUGUACAGAAAGGUGUUCCUCGAACCCAUGAGCUACCUUAGUAAUGAUACAGUUUUCAGACCAGAUUCUGGCGGCAGUUAUCUGAGGGACAAAGGUGCCAUUGAAACAUAUAUGGCACCUCUGACUAUGACUCUGAAGACAACUUCGGAGGAUUUGAACAUCAUCUUGGCCAUUGCCGGAUUGAACCCUUCCUCAGCACUCGAAUUGGAGACGCUGUCCAAGAUGUACCGCCACACACUUAUGUGUCGACUUUUUGCAGUGCGCCCAAAGGACUACGAUAUGAUUCUCUCAGUAUUUCCUGAUAGAAACAUCUUCGUUAAUCCAAAGACAACUAUGGAGAGUAUUUCACUAUGGAAACAGUUGACUGAUGGCGGCUGGUCAACGAGCGACAUUAUGCUUCUCGUUGGCAAGACCGAAUGCUCCAACAUCCCAUUUGCUGAUCACACCCUUCAGUUCACUGGGUCUAUCAUGGAGAAGUUCAAUUCCAUCAAAAUCUUUUGGGAGCCUCGCAUACAAAACAACCUUGUUACUUCGCGGGAUGUUAUGGAUCUUUGCGGCCAAUUGUUCGAUGCUGCAACUUCCAAGAGCCUGGCACAGAUAGUUGAAGGUGAUUUUGUGGUCAAUAAGACUAUCAAUUUGGAGCCUUCGAAAUCGUUACCCAGCUUUGACGGUCUUCCCUCCAACUUAAGUAUUGACGUCAAUCGAAAGACAAAUAAGACCCAGACAGCUGUUGUAACUCUCAGAGGGAUACUGACAGAACGAGAGGAAGAAGAAAGUCUAAGAAAGGUUGGGGAUUCUUUGGCCUUUGCCGACGCCAUCCGAGAACUUGACAAGCUGUCCAGGAUUUCGUAUAAUGCCUUGAUAGCAAGAUUCUCGGAUGAGGGGAACAUAGGGCAAAAGAAGCUUAUUGCCGACUUGAUGUGUAGUGGUUUAAGGUUGAAUACCACGGAUUCUGCCAGUCUGUCGGACGAAUCGCUUAGCACCAGCUCAGAGGAAGAAGAGGAUAGUGAGUCAGAAGGCAGUGAGUCGGACGAGACUCUCACUGAGAACUCCUUAGCACUUGAAUCAGCUGGAGUCGAGAAGGAAAAGGCUUUGCGCACCAGGCGACUUGCGUUCGUCAAUUUGAUGUUGCCAAUAUUGCGAUCGCAAACCUUGGUUGACCUUGCUACUAGAGGCAUCAGUGAGAGGCUUGAAGGCAUCGAACACACUCUCAUCCCCAUGCUUCUAAGCAAAGAAACGUCGUCUGAAGAGAAGAAGUCAGCUAUCGACAUUCUACAAGACAUACGUGGCUUUUCAGCAGAUAAACCCCCGAAGACGCAGGGCUACUUUCUACCCACAGCUACAGGAGAGUACAUAUUCAGUCUACGGCCAUCAAACCCUGUUAUGGAUGUCUAUCUGAGUGUCAAUGGGGCCAAGAUGGCAUUGAAGAAAACCACUACAGAGUGGUAUUCAGAUCCCAUUCUUAUGACAACCGGACAGACCUACCUACUAGUGUCACCUGUACAACCCAUGGAUGUCAUGUGGGCUACUAAGCAAACGGUACCAGCACGCCUCACUGAUACUACGUUCAUCACCCAAGACAACGUCCAAAAAGCUGAUACAGUACUCAAAGAAAUUGGUCGUUCGGCCUGGUUGUUCCGAAAGCUAGAGCUGAGCCUGGAGGAAGUGAAAUACCUGACGACUCCCAAUGGGCUAAUAUCUAUCGAUCUGAAUUCACUGAGCAUCAACGACAUUGCGAGGUUACAAAGCUAUCGGCAACUGAGAGAUGGAAUCGCUAAACAAAAGGAUUCUCUAGUCAGAUUGUUUGCAUGGCUAGAAAACCCUGACAGCUCUUCAACCUUGACUUCUCAACUCAUAGCUGCGACAACGUGGCCCGAGGCGCAGUUGUCGACUUUGAUUAAGACCAAGUAUGACUAUGAGGGUGCUAAGGCGGCUGAUAUCAUCGGAGCUGCUGCGAGCCUUGGCGAUCUGAUGACCAUUAACGCUAUCAUGGAAGUCUCCGGCGCCCUGAGGCCCAACUCGAGUCAAGACGGCGAGAACCCCAUCAUAAGUCUUUUCAAAUUCGCCACUCCCGCACUUCCAGGCUCUGCCAAACAAUGGGAGGUCGCCAGCGAAAUGGUCUUGUUGCUUGGUAAACGACAACUCAAGUCAUGUACCUCACAGCUACAAGAGACCCAGCGAACAGUUUUCAUCGAGUAUUUGCUGCAACAGCCAUAUAUCAAGAAAUCCAAGAUCUCAGAUGCGGGAGGCUUGUUUGAUCUGCUGUUGAUCGACGUUCAGAUGGGCUCCCAGUUUGAGAUUACGCGAAUGAAGCAGGCCAUCUCGACCGUUCAGCUAUACGUACAACGAUGUCUCCUCGGCAUGGAAACUGAAGCUGGUGUACAACCAAGCAACAUAGACCAGAUCAAGUGGGUGUGGAUGCACAAGCACAACAUUUGGACAGCUACACGCAAGGCAUUCUUGUACCCAGAGAAUUGGAUUGAUCCAACCCUGCGUGACGACAAGACUGUUUUGUUUGGAGACUAUGAAUCAACUAUUAUGCAGAAGGACCUGAGCUGGGAUACAUUUGCACAAGCUAUCCGUACCUACGUCAAGGGACUUUCAGAGAUUGCAGAUCUCGAUAUUCAAGCAUAUCUACGACAUCAUCCGACUGGGGGGCUGGAGACGUAUCAUUUCUUUGGCAAAACACGCAGCACACCAUAUCGCUUCUACUACCGUAACAUGAGGCUUACGCAGCCAAGUGAUGUGGCCCUGUGGACACCGUGGGCUUUGAUGGACAUUGGAUCUGUCACAUACGAGGCCGACUGGGAUGGUUCCAGCGUUGCCAAUCCCGGGGCUUACUUGAUUCCCGUUAUGCGUGGCAAUCGCUUGAUUGUUUAUAUCCCGGAAAUAAUGGUCAAAACGCUGACUCCCGAGACCCCAAAGGGAGAAAAAGUGGGCGGUUUAACAUUCGGUGAAGCCGCGGGCAAGUCAUUGAACACAACGAAGUCGCCCAAUAAUUGGGAGAUAAGGAUGGCAUGGACUGAACUAUUGAACGGAGAAUGGACACCCAAGCGUGUAUCACAACCGGUACUGAAUGUGGUUUGGGAUAACAGAUUCGAUAAAGAAAAGCUCCCUUCCAUUUCACGCUUUACCUUCUGGGCAAAUACGACCGGUCCUGUUGGGGAAACAGUCACUAUCAAUGUGGGAUGCUGGCGAAAGGAAAAAGUCACUGGGAACAGUGUCGCAGCAACAGAUGCAGCUAAUCACUCAUUCCUUGGAUCCUUCCAGAUAAGCGAUGACCGCGCAACUGUGAAAGAAAGCCAAACCCAGUCCGAGUCUGAAAACAGGACCCUAGAGACAGUGUUUCAUAAGCAUACUUGGACGAAAAGUUGGGAGAGUCGUAAGACUUUUGACGACGAUCGGGUCGAGACUCCCGGGCAACAAGUUGCUUUAUUCAAAGGAGACCAGGUCACUUCUCCGUUGCUAGCUGUUCCGGUUCCAACCUCUUCAAGAACCCUUGUGUGGACCAUGUCAUAUGAUGGAAAUGACACACUCGCUAAAACUACUGGGUACGUUGUCGAUGUACAGGUAUCGGCACCAGAUGGCAAGACAACCUUUAUGUACCCAAAGCUUGCCUACGUCAAGAGGAACAAGGUCGAGCUUGCGUCGUCAAAUCUGGUACGGAAUUCGAUGACUGAGGUUAUUGAGCAUUCCUCCUCCCCGACCUUUAUGCAGGAUAUCACAAAGACAGACAGUCUGGGGCCACUCUUUGAGACAAUGGACAAGAUGAACGAGAGAGAAUAUGGAAAGGCUGUAGUUGAAGCAAACGUGUCCCAAUACCACGAACAGGCAACUUCAUAUGCCCUCUAUAACUGGGAACUAGGUGCGCAUUGUGUUCUUCUUGCUAUGGAUAGAUUCCUGGCCACUCAGCAAUACGACCUUGCCCUUCGCGUGGCAAGGCUUGUAUUUGAUCCGACAGUGGACGUUCAAGGACAGACUCGAAAGCAAGGGAAGACAGCAUGUUGGAGGUUCCGUCCGUUUAGAGAUAUAGCUGGCGACCCGACUGAAAAUCAAGACAAUUUCACUGGUUGGCUGGACGAGUCUACACUUGACGUUGCAGUGACGGAAAGGAGACGCAACCCAUCCAACACACAUGCAACAGCACGAACACGGCCAAGGGCAUACAUGAAAUGGAUUGUCAUGAAGUAUAUUGAAACACUCAUCGCUGCUGGUGAUGAGUACUUCCGCCAAGGGAGCAUUGAAUCUCUGCCCAUGGCGAUCCAGCGCUACAUCGAGGCAGCACAUGUCCUCGGCCCAGAGCCACCCAAGAUGCCCAAGCUUGGCAAGCCAGCCGUCAAGACGUACGACACCUUGAACAAAAUGGGCAAAAUGCGGAUCGAUCUUGAGCUCACCUUUCCUUUUCUGUGUGAUGUUGAGAGACGAGGGACAAGGCGAUCGGAAGACGACGAGCAGGACAGAUAUGGUGUCUUGGGAAUCCUGACAACGACAUACUUUUGCCUACCAGCGAAUCCAAAGUACCAGACAAUGCGAUCAUUGGUCAGCGACCGACUCUACAAGGCUAGGAACAAUAUGGAUAUCAACGGGCGACCACUCGUUUAUGCCAUGAACGAGGCUAGUAUCGAUCCAGGUCAAAUAGGCCGAGCAUUGCAAGGUGGUGGAGGUGGAGUGACGUCUCUUCUGAAUGAAAUCGAUGGCCCAAUGCCGAACCAGAGGUUCCAAUAUCUCAUUUCCAAAGCACUGGACAUUUGUACCAGUCUUCAGAGCAUGGGAGAUCAGUUUUUACAGGCCAAGGAAAAGAAGGACUCAGAAGCCCUGCAGAUCCUGAAAGCAAAACAAGACACGGCUAGACAGAGACUCUCCAUAAGUCUCAAACGCCUGCAGAGGGACGAGAUUGAAAGAAACAUUGAGCUAUUGGAGAUGAACAGAUCUUCUGCUGCAGCUCAAUUGAGCUACUACCUACGACUCAUAGGCGAGCCAAUGAGCCGCAUACCUGGCGAGGCUGAUAAGUGGGUGGACAUCGAGCAGGCGAUUGAAGCACCACUCACAGACGACCUGCGCAUGAACCGACUGGAAUAUCAGGAGAUGAAAGUAACAGAAGUGGCAAAUAAGUUGAAUCUUGCUGCUUCAGCCAUAGAGGUUGGGGCGCUGAUACUCAAGGCUCUACCACAAGUAACGGCCAACGUCGAACCCAUGGGCGUUGGUGCAUCCAUGAAGAUGGACGGCUCAAACAUAGCUUCUGCUUUGCAGGCUUCAUCCCUGACCAUCAGAACAGGCUCCAUGGUAGCAUCCACAAUCGCGGCCGAUGCUCAGCGCACAAACUCUCUCACUAAGCAGCUACAAGAGAGGCGACUCCAAGCGAACAUGAAGGGCCAGGAGAUAAAAUCGCUCGACAAACAGAGAGAGAUCCAAAGAAAGCGAUUAGAGCUCAAUGAGAAGGAAACGUCCAUCCAGCAAGCAGAGAUAGAUAAUGCAGUUGAGAUGGAGCAGUGGUAUCAAUCCAAGUACACAAACGAGAAGCUCUACGGCUGGAUGGAGAACACGAUCCGCAAUGUUCAUUAUGACCUAUAUCAGCUUGCAUCAGACCUUGCACGCCGUGCCCAGAACGCGUUCCGCUUCGAGAAAGGAGCGUCAGUGCAAGGUUUCUUGCGACCUGGUGGUUAUUGGGACAGCAGUCAUGAUGGUCUCCUCGCAGCGCAGCAGCUGCAAGCAGAUCUGCGACGUAUGGAGGCAGCAUAUCUUGAGCGAGCUUCGUAUGACUAUGAAAUAGUCAAGAAUAUCUCGCUCAGGCAACUCAACCCUGAAGUUUUGCUGAAUCUUAGAGCAAACGGUACAGUCACCUUUGACAUUCCUGAGGUUCUCUAUGACUUUGACUUCCCAGGUCAUUACAUGCGGCGCAUCAAGUCGGUCUCGCUAUCUGUUCCAUGCGUGGUCGGCCCUUACACUGGCCUGAAUGCAACUCUACGUCUUCUUCAGCACCGUUACCGUGUUAGCUCUGUGGCAGCCUCUGGAGAAGACUACGCCGAGGACGGCAUGGCAUCAGGGCAUUUCCGUACAGACAUCGUACCUAUCACGUCAGUAGCCAUCAGCUCGGGUAUCCAGGACUCUGGUGUAUUCGAGCUCAACUUCAAGGAUGACCGCUUCCAACCGUUCGAAGGUGCUGGUGCGAUCGGUUCUUGGUCCCUUGAGCUCCCCACGGUUGUUCGUUCUUUCGACUACUCCACGAUCUCGGACGUUAUUCUCCAUGUUCGUUAUACAGCAGUAGACGGCGGACCUUUGCUCCGCAAUGCUGCCAAUCAAGCUGUCAAGACUUUCCGAUCUCGUGUUGGAGGCCUGAGCUCAGAAGGGCCUGGUCUCUUUGCUAUGUUUGAUCUCAAAAACGACUUUAGUAACGCAUGGUACGCGUUCCGGUCAGGCCUAGCCAGCAAAACUAUUGCAGAGCUGGACCUAUCUGGUUUUAAGGACAGGUUUCCCUAUUGGGCGCUGGGUAAAAACAUCACCAUUACUAGCCUGAGCCUUGUUAUCUCGGGCAAAGUGACCAAGAGCAAAUUGGUCCAGAAAUUGUUUUCAAUUACUGCUUUGGGGGAGGGAAAAGAUUGGGAUCCCCGCAUCACAGAUCAGGAUCCCGAUCAGUACAGUCCUCCAAACACGAAGAUCGUUGGUAGCGCGGAGAAGGAUCGCUUCGUUAUAGGCAAAGAGCGUGUAUGUCGCCGCGACCUGAUUGUAGAUAACUCGAUUGUCGGGUGCAAAUUUGGCGGUCGGGGUCAUUGUGUUGAGAAACAUUUCGGGAGCGAACCAGAUUACAAAGGACCCGCCAAAUGCGGCGAGUGGCUCGAACCAGAGGAAGAGGAUGCGGUACGCGAGGGGGAUGUGAGUUAA